GGUUUAUCCCUCCCUGAGGGAUAUGUAUGCAACCCCACCCAACAAUAUAAUGUCACUGUCACAUGCUCACUGCUUUUUAUGUCCCAGAGCUGGGAGCCUGUUUAGUGUUAGCAAGUGCUUGCUAAAGUGCUUACAAGUGAUCUGUGCUGGCUAAAGAGGGACUUAACCAUGGCUGCAAGUGGGGAAAGAUCUCACCCAAGGUUAUCAAGCAAGUUAUCACUGCAGAGCAUGAGUUCAGUGUCUUCUGACUUUCUGCGCACUGUGACCACAUGCAACUGUGAGAUGGCUUUGCUGCCACUCAAACUGCUCUUGGAUCUGCAGCCAGAAUAUUUGCAAAUAGUGGAAAAUACUCUCACCAUGAAAAAUCCCAGUGGUGGAGGAUAUAACCUGAUCAGUGACGGGGACAUGAAUAUAGACGGCCAGCAGUGCAAGAUCAUCAACUACAUCCAGAGGAAGGUCAACCUCAAAAGUCACUGGGACUAUAAGGAUUAUAGAGAAAAUUUGCUCAACAAACCAAUGCUAUUCCUAACAAAUGCUAAGAAAAUAAACAGCCAAUCUGCUUCAGAAAGAACAUUUGCUUUCAUUGUAAAUACCCGUCAUCCAAAAAUGAGAGCACAAGUGGAAGGUGGAAUGAAUAAUGUUAUAUCCUCAGUCUUCGGGGAAAACUAUAGCAUGCAGUUUGAAUUUCAAAAUAUUGUCAAAGAUUUUCUCCAGAGACAAAAUUUUGAAACAACAGGAGAAACCUUGAGUUUUUCCUAUACAUUUAAAGUUGAUGCAUUUUUUGAUCUAUUUCAUCUUCUGGGCCUAAGCAAAAAGACAUGUCAGGUCAAUGGGAAUAUCAUUAACUUGUACUGCACAACUCCAAGCAAGAAGGACACCGUAAAAAUGUUUUUGUCAAACAUGUCCAACCCUCUCAUAAGGAUUGGAAGUUCUUCAGACCGCAGAUUUAGUACAUUUUCUCUUGAUGUGAUCAGCGAAGACCCAUUUUCAACAAAUGAAGAAGACAUAACACCAAUUUCACCAUUAGCAUCUUGAAAAAAAUAAUGAUCAUCUAGGUCAAUAGAAAUGUAUACAAAAAACUACAAUGGUUUAGUAAAUUAUAGAAAUAAAUAUACUGCAUCUGAACAA